AUGCGCUCCGCCUCCAUCCUCGCCGCCGCCGCCGCCACCCUGGCCGCCGCCCAGGACAUCACCUCCAUCGUCCUCACCAACGGCGUCACCACCACAAUCACCCUCCCCGUCUUCCCGGAGCCCACCCCCUCCGUGACCGUCACCGCCACCGUCCCCGAGACGACCCUGACCGUCACCCCGGGCGCCUCCUCCUCCUCCGCGGCCGACGCCACCCCGGAGCCGAGCACCACCGUCACCGUGUCCGUCGGCACCUCCACCGUUGAGAGCGGCGUCACCACCACCACCAUCGCCGUGCCCCCCGUCCCCUUCCCCUCCGUCUCGUCCGUCUCCGACCCCGUCGUGACGCUGCCUACCUUCACCGCCCCCAUUAACACCACCCUCGCCACCUCCACCGCCACCCAGACCUACUACACCUCCGCCCCCAACGCGACCACCUCCGGCCCCGUCACGGUCCCCACUGCCGCCGCCGACAAGGUCGCGCUCAAGGGCUCCGCCGCCGGUCUCCUCGCCUUUGGUGUCGCCGGUCUCUUCUUGCUGUAA